AUGUCUUUGAAAAUUGAUUCAAAAGCAGUACCCGGAGUGGAUCUCGAUGGAUCCGAAGAAGAUCGAAGAUCAUCAUUUGGCUCGAGAUUGCUUUCCACUGACCCGGAUGAUGCAAGAUAUGUUUCAAGUCAAGACCAACAAGAGCCUAAAGCUAAGCUUUAUACUUGGGAUUACCUUGUUGGAAGUGGAAGAGCCGACUCUCGUGUCGAUAACUUGUGGGCUAUUGGUGGAGAAGAAGUUGGUCGUGAUCUUAUGGAACUUCGAGAUCGAGUUGUAUUAGAGAACGGAGUACUAACAGAUCCUCAUGAAGAACUUUGGAUUCGCGAGCGGGAGAUAAAGAAAGAGAGCUUACAGCAAAGGGUCGCCCGAAACAAAAACCCAUAUUUUGGGUUGAAAGAUCCACAGACUAUAGAGAUUGAGCAACUUUGGAGCGGUACGCUUGCAGGAGCGUGCACAGGAGGGAUCCUUGCAACAUUAGCACGUGGAUGCAAGGCAGUACCAUCGGGGACCAUUAUGUUUGGAGUGAUGGCGUUGAGUGGUCAAUGGAUCUGGUCAAAGACAAACCGAUAUCGACAGAAGAAGGUUUUGGCGAACAUACCUCAGAUAGAACAAAGUGAGACAUAUCAAACGAUUGCUGCUUCUGCUGCAAAGGCAACGACAGGCGCGCUACGGCGUCGGGAUGGUGUAGGGGCUGGACUGUUGAAGGUGCUACUGAUGUUGAUGAAUAUGAAGCAAAGCGCCGACAGAAACUAG